AGUCUCUCUCUAGUGCUUGCCCAACACUCUCUUUUUUCUUUUUGCCUACAGCACGUUUCGCAUUUCAACGAUGUCCGACGCAGAAUACAAGGAAGCCUUUGCCCUCUUUGACAAGAAGGGCACCGGCCACAUUGCCCGCGAGUCGCUCGGCGACCUCCUCCGCGCCCUGGGCCAGAACCCGACGCAGGCCGAGGUGGCCGAGCUCGCCGGCUCGGCGCCCAAGGACAUCGACUUCAAGACGUUCCUCGACAUUCUUCACCGGCCCAAUGGCUUCAAGCCCGCCGGCACGCCCGAGGAGUUCAUUCGGGGCUUUCAGGUGUUUGACAAGGAGGGCAACGGCUUCAUCGGCGCUGGCGAGCUGCGCUACGUGCUGACGAGCCUGGGCGAGAAGCUGAGCGACGAAGAGGUCGACGAGCUCCUCAAGGGCGUCCAGGUCGGACCUGACGGAAACAUCAACUACGAGUCCUUUGUCCGCCAGAUCCUGAGCCAGUGAGCCCCCAAGACGACAUACGACACCAACAAAAAAUGGACUCGACGAGACGCCCCCACUUCGGCCGCCACAACUUCUUCCCUGCCCGCCUGCCUGCUGUCCUCUCUUCCUCCCGGCCCGCUCGUCUUCGUUUUUUUUUCUCUCUCUCGGCCCCUCCCGACCUGUAUUCGUAAACGAUCCUCUGUUUCCACCCAUGCCACGGCCAUGAACCAUGCCAGGGAUUGACUCUC